GGCGGAACUAAGAGGGAAAACAACGCUCCUUUCCGGGGUAUGGGGAACAGUUGAAGAAUCAAGGAAGGAACAAGGAGCCACUAGUGAGCUUCCCGCUCUGGGGCACAGAUUGGCUCCUUUGGCCACCAACGCCCUCCACUGGUCCCUCCUCCCCCAGGAUGACUCGGCACGGCAAGAACUGCACAGCCGGGGCUGUCUACACCUACCACGAGAAGAAGAAGGACACAGCGGCCUCAGGCUAUGGGACCCAGAACAUCCGACUGAGUCGGGACGCCGUCAAGGACUUUGACUGUUGCUGUCUGUCUCUGCAGCCCUGCCAUGACCCCGUCGUCACCCCCGAUGGCUACCUGUAUGAGCGCGAGGCCAUCCUGGAGUACAUUUUACACCAGAAGAAGGAGAUCGCCCGGCAGAUGAAGGCCUAUGAGAAGCAGCGCAGCGCCCGGCGGGAGGAGCAGAAAGAGCUGCAGCGGGCCGCGUCGCAGGACCAGGUGCGGGGCUUCCUGGAGAAGGAGGCGGCCAUCGUGAGCCGGCCCCUCAACCCCUUCACUCCCAAGGCCACCUCGGGGAAUGGCUCAGAUGAUGCCCUGCCCGGUCCCAGUGCCGGCCCCGCAGGCAAGGACAAGGAUAAAAUGCUGCCCAGCUUCUGGAUCCCGUCGCUGACGCCUGAGGCCAAAGCCACCAAGCUGGAGAAGCCGUCCCGCACCGUGACCUGCCCCAUGUCCGGGAAGCCUCUGCGCAUGUCCGACCUGACGCCCGUGCGUUUCACGCCUCUGGACGGCUCUGUGGACCGCGUGGGGCUCAUCACACGCAGUGAGCGCUACGUGUGCGCCGUGACCCGCGACAGCCUGAGCAAUGCCACGCCUUGUGCGGUGUUGCGGCCCUCUGGGGCCGUGGUCACCCUUGAGUGCGUGGAGAAGCUGAUUCGGAAGGACAUGGUGGACCCAGUGAAUGGAGAGAAGCUCACAGACCGUGACAUAAUCGUACUGCAGCGGGGCGGCACCGGCUUUGCGGGCUCUGGAGUGAAGUUGCAGGCGGAGAAGUCGCGGCCGGUGAUGCAGGCCUGAGGGCCGGAGAGCAAAUAAAGGGGUUGGAAGCCACUGGCCGAGCCGCGCCUUCCUUCCCUGCUGGAGCCCCGGGGACCUACCUGCCCGCCGGCGGGCGAGGAGGCUCCCCAGUCGUGGCGGGCAUGCUGGAAUGGCUCGAGUUUGAAAGCGUGAGGUGCGAGUGUUCCGUGUGGUUGCAGGUUCAGAGUAAAACCUGAAUUGAAUGCAAAGGCACAGCGUGAACACUGAUUAGGACGGCCUGGAGGUCGAAGUCCCGGCCGCCAUCCUAUGAACGCGCCGCUCUAACAAGCUGGAUAGGACCCCCUUCGCAUCCUUCUGGUCUAGGCCAAAUUAUUCAAAGUCCAUGAGAUGCCCAGGAACACCUCUGCCAGAGUCAAGUGUGGUAACACACCCAAAGGAAAUAGCGUUCUUUCAGAGAGCAACAGGCAGGCAGUGUAGAGGUGGCCAGGAACUGCGGCCUCGCCCCCCCCCCCCGCCCCCCAACACUGACUGCAGGAGAGUGAGGAGGAAGAGGAAACCGCAAGGGCAAAGGCCCAGAGGCAGCAAGCACAGGGUGGGGGCUUGAGGAGCUGAGCGAGUGAGGGGGAGGGGUGGGAGAAGAAGUCAGAGGCGUGGGCCUGGUAGACUUGUGGGCUUCUGGCCUGACUCAGGCAGCAGGUGCAGCCCUUAAAGCUUUGCGUUGAACAACCUUGGGGUCACCAAAGCGUCCCUGGGCAGGGUGGUGAACGAGCACCUCCAGUCCAGCAAAGAUGAAAAAAAUAAAGACAACCUUCGCGCCUCCCGGAUGGA